CUUUGUUUCUGGUUCGUUUUUAUUCGAGUUUUGACACUUGAGUGUGAUUGUGAUUAGGACUAGGAGUCGACAGAGGAGGGUGCGCCGAAAGUAUGUGUCGUGUUUUUCGGAUACAUUCUUUCUGAUUUAAAAAAUUUGAAAAUGUUUUUCGAUUCCUAACGAUAGCGCGACACUACUAUUUUGUCGGAUCUAUGGCUACAUCUCGAUGUAUUUCGCCCGUAGCGUAACGUAGCAGAGUUUUGGUAUCGGGAAAAGUGCUGUAUUUUGAUGUCGAAGUGGUGAACCCAAUCAAAAUGGCGCACCAAAUGCCCCCAUCGGUGAACUGUUCGCUGGAUGAUAUCGACUUGACGGCCCUAAAGGAUCCAGCAGGGAUUUUCGAACUGAUUGAAGUAGUCGGGAAUGGAACAUAUGGGCAAGUCUACAAGGGCCGUCAUACAAAAACCGGCCAAUUGGCAGCAAUCAAAGUUAUGGACGUUACGGAAGACGAAGAGGAAGAAAUCAAGUUGGAAAUCAACGUUCUCAAAAAAUAUUCCAACCAUCGGAAUAUCGCGACGUACUACGGGGCAUUCAUAAAAAAAUCGCCACCCGGCAAAGACGACCAGCUCUGGUUGGUCAUGGAAUACUGUGGGGCAGGAUCUGUGACGGAUUUGGUGAAGUCGACGAAAGGUCAAUCGUUGAAAGAAGAAUGGAUCGCCUAUAUUUGUAGGGAAAUAUUGAGGGGCUUGUCUUAUUUGCAUUCGAAUAAGGUCAUCCACAGGGAUAUCAAAGGACAGAACGUCCUGUUGACAGAUAAUGCCGAAGUCAAAUUGGUGGAUUUCGGCGUUUCGGCGCAGCUGGACCGCACCAUCGGCAGACGCAACACCUUCAUCGGCACCCCCUAUUGGAUGGCGCCCGAGGUGAUAGCGUGCGACGAAAAUCCCGACGCCACCUACGACAAUCGCAGCGAUCUGUGGUCGCUCGGCAUCACCGCUCUGGAGAUGGCCGAGUCGCAGCCGCCAUUGUGCGAGUUGCAUCCGAUGCGGGCGUUGUUUCUUAUUCCGAGGAAUCCGCCUCCCAGGUUGAAGAGCAAAAAGUGGAACAGAAAAUUCCAUGGUUUCAUUGAAACCGUUUUGGUGAAGGAUUACCAUGAAAGACCAUAUACGGAACAGUUGCUGAAACAUCCUUUCAUCAAGGACCAACCAACAGAAAGACAGGUGAGGAUCCAGCUGAAAGACCACAUCGACAGAUGUAAGAAGCGGAAGCAGGAGAAGGAGCGCGAGGACUACCGGUACUCCGGGUCGGAGAACGAGGAAGAAGAGCCGCAGCUAGCCGGCGAGCCGAGCAGCAUCGUGCAGGCCCCGGGAGGGGACACGCUGCGCAGGAAUUUCCAACAGAUACAGGAGGGCAGGACGUUGAGUCAAGUCGAACCGCCACCGAGAAGUGGCAAACACAAAGACAGGGAAGAAAUUCCGGAACCUGGACCACCAGCUAGACCCCCUAUUCCGACGAGGGUGAUUGUCGUUCCUGAUCCGGCACCACCAAGAAGGCCGUUACCACCCCCACCAGACAAUAAUUUCGGAGCUUCAAAAUCUCAACAGCAACAACAGAUACAGCAGCAGAGGAAUUCCCAGCAUCAGUUCAAACCGAUGGGUCCUGCACGUAAACCUGAGGAACUCGACGCCUUGGCCGCCCACCUGAACGAACUCGGCGUCCAGCAGACCGCCCAACCGGAGGCGCCGCCCCGCAACCGCAACCACCAUCACCACCAACACAACCACCAGCCGCCUCCGCCUGCCGCGCAGGCGCAAUCUGCCGCCAACAACAACCACGUGCCGCCGGCGGGGCAAGGGGGCGCUUCGGGGGCGGGCGAGGUGGACAGCGAGACGGACAGCGAGCCGGAGGACAACGGGCGGGCGAGGAACGAUGGGACGCUGUUGGCCAGCGAUCCGCCCAAACCGCUGGCCGGCCUGGGGGCGGUGCCAGAGGGGGCAGCCGCUGCGGGGGCGGCGACGUCGAACGCGGGCGGUGGUGCGCCCAACCGCCCGCUGCCGCCCACGCCCGAUGAUGAUGACGAUGCGCCCGGCGGCGAUAAGACGCUAGUGCUCAGAAAGCAGCCCGCAGCUCAUUUAGCCGACAAACCGCUUCGACAAACGGCCGAAGACAUCGACGAAGCUACCCUGCUCAAAGACUGGGACUUCGACAAAUUCUUCCCGACAAAACAAACUCCUUCCUCGUCUACCAACGGCAGCUCCAAAGCUAGCGAAAAAGACAAGAAACAAGGCCACCGCCGUAUGGAGAGCGACUCGAAAAUGUCCAACCCGUUUUUCAGGGGCUUCCGCCGAGAGAACUCCGACUUUUUUCCCAUGUCCUCCAGGCACUCUGCCAUUUUCAUCGACAAGACCGCUAGAUCCAGCGGCAUAUUUAACAAUAACCGGCGAGGCUCUGAUGUGGGCGUGUCUAAAAAGCCUGCCGGCGAGCCUGUCUUGAUGGAGUACAUCAAGAAAACCGACUCGCUAAGUUCCACGCCUAAAAGAGAGCCUAAGCGCGGUUACCAGCCGGAGAAAGAUGGCGGGCUGUUGAGGAAUUUUAUGCGUCCGAGACGCGAAAAGACAGAGUCCGAUAUAGUUUUGAGGCACUCGGAGGCGAGACGCAGCAUCAGAGAGAGCCUGGAGGCGAGAAGGAGAGAGAUAGAGGCGCAGUUCACGCGCGAGGCGGACGAUAUGCGCAGGCGCAGCUCGAAGCCCAUCGAGGUGGGCUCGCUGAAUCUGUCCGUGUCUUCGACGGGCUCGAAUUCCACGGCGGGGGAUGAGUUUUCUUUUGUUCAGAACGGAAGAAGUAGUGGCGAACAUCCUAGACAAAGCGUCUUGCCGGAUCUUCUUAGCCAAGCCAGUGGUAGUCCUGGUACCCCUUCUGCUCGAGAUAAGUCCACAAAUGAAGAGUUCCUCAUCACCCCGCCCAUCUCCUCCUCCUCCCCCCACCACCCGCAUCCUCCCAACUCCUCCCCCCACCGCCAGCCGCAUCCGAACGCUAACGCUCUGGCGCUCCAACAGAAGCAGCGCUCCUUCCUGGCGUUCGGCUUCGGCGCAAGCUCCGCCCCCUCGAGGAGGGAGUCGCACGUCAACGUCAACGUCACGCCCACCUCGCACGACGUAUCGUCGGACACGCCCGAGAUCAGGAAGUACAAGAAGCGGUUCAACAGCGAGAUACUUUGCGCCGCGUUGUGGGGAGUUAACCUACUGAUAGGCACGGAACACGGCCUGAUGCUGCUCGAUCGGAGCGGUCAAGGAAAAGUCUACCAGCUGAUAUCGCGCAGGAGGUUCCAACAGAUGGAGGUGCUUGAAGGGCAAAACAUCCUCGUCACGAUAUCGGGCAAGAAAAACAGGGUGCGCGUGUACUACCUCAGUUGGCUGAAGAGCAAGAUAUUGAGGACGGACGGCGUCAGCGAUGUGAGCCAAGUAGAACGCAGGAACGGCUGGAUAAACGUCGGCGAUUUACAAGGCGCCGUCCAUUUUAAAAUCGUCAAAUACGAACGCAUCAAGUUCCUCGUGAUCGCUCUCAAGGACAGCAUCGAGAUUUACGCUUGGGCGCCGAAGCCCUAUCACAAGUUCAUGGCCUUCAAGUCCUUCAGCGACCUCACCUACAGGCCCUUGCUGGUGGAUUUGACGGUGGAGGAGGGCUCCAGGUUGAAGGUGAUCUACGGCAGCAGCGAGGGUUUCCAUGCUGUCGAUUUGGAUUCGGCCAGCGUCUACGACAUUUACUUACCCAAAAUCCCCCAACAUGGAAUUAGUCCACACUGUAUAGUUACUCUACCGAAUACGAAUGGUAUGCAGCUUUUACUGUGUUAUGACAAUGAAGGUGUAUAUGUGAACACCUAUGGUAGGAUAUCCAAGAACAUGUUGCUUCAGUGGGGCGAGAUGCCCACCUCGGUGGCGUACAUCGGCACCGGCCAGAUAAUGGGCUGGGGCAACAAAGCCAUCGAGAUCCGGUCGGUGGAAUCCGGCCAUCUGGACGGCGUGUUCAUGCACAAGAAAUCGCAACGGUUGAAGUUUCUGUGCGAACGCAACGACAAGGUGUUCUUCUCGUCGGCGAAGAGCGGCUCGUCGUGCCAGAUCUACUUCAUGACGUUGAACAAGCCGGGCAUGGCCAACUGGUAGAUAGGGCGACGGUUUAGCCGGGCGACCUUGAAAGGACGUUUUGUUUGAGGGAAUGGGUGGGGGGUAGUGCCAGAUCUACUUCAGGACGUUGAACAAGCCGGGCAUGGCCAACUGGUAGAUAGGGCGGCCUUUUAGCCGGCGACCUUGAAAGGACGUUAUGUUUUGAGGGCAUGGUGAACUGGUAGAUAGGGCGGUGGUUUAGCCGAGCGACCUUGAAAGGACGUUGUGUUCAAGGAAAAGGGAGGGGGGUGGUGCCAGAGGUUGAGUAGCCGCGGAUGAGAUAUACCGGAUCACGAUUGUCAGCGAUAGGAAAUGGGGAAGUUUCCGAUAUUGAGGUUAUUAUUUCUCUGAAGUUUGUAACGAUUUUUUAUUAUUCUCUUUAGAUCAAAUUUCACUUGAGAUGAAAAAAAGUACGACGUUGCAGGCAUAAUCAAUAUGUCUGGAUAUCCGGAUAUUGUUCUUUGAAUACUACCAUAAUACGUAGUUCUGAACUUAUUUUAUAAAAAUUCAUCUGAAGGAAACUUCUCCAUUAUGAAUCGGGAAAUUUCCGAUUUCAUGUUAAUUGUGUUUCUGUAUUUCUUUUUCUGGUAUUUUUCUGGUGCUCGCCCCUCUGUUAUGUCGGUCGGUCGGGGAUGUAUAGUGAGUGAGAUUGCUGGGAGGGUUAACCUGGUUUAAUUUCUGUCGGUUGUUUAGGUUAGGUUUAGACAUUUUUUCCACAGGACUAGUCCGUUUGCUCUGAACUACAUGGAGAAUCAUAACUUUUCCACCAGAAGGUACAUAUUUUUCUAUAAAAAAAAAAUCGUAAUUUCCUAAACUCGUCUGUCUAUUUUUUUUUUUUCGGUGUGUAGAGUUAUGAUUCACCCUGUGUACACCUGAUGAUAUAGUGAUUGUUAUGAUUGUGAUUUGCCCGAUUUGCCGAUAUUCAGUGGUCAAAUCACGUCUCGAACCUCUGAUGAGGAGUGGAAAAAAGACUCUGAGAUAUGUAAGUGUCAAUAUUGUAAGUUCCUUUUUCUCCUAGUAAUUACUAACAAGUUAACUAUAAAAAUGUGGCAUGUCGUAACAAGUGAAAUUGGUGCUACUUCCAUAUAGAUUUUUAGUAAAUACAUGUUUCCUAUAGGUAUUUUUGACUAAAAAGUGUUAAUCAAUUUAUUGACACUUCAUAUUUCGGGAACAUCAGGUGUCUUUUUUUAUCAUGGAAAUCCAAAACGAAUUGGUUGUAAAUUUUCACACGUAGGUACUCAGUUUUUGCUCAAGGAAUAAAGGGUGAGAUGAAUCACAAAAACAUGAAUUGAAUAUACAGGCUAUCCUUCAAAUAACGCCGAAAUUUUUACCCGAUUUCAAAAAUUGAAAGAACAAAUUAAAUGGUUUGAACACUGAAAAUUCAUGCAAAUAUACAAUUUUACCAAAUGUUUCAGUAUAUCUUGUCGCUUGAUUGAGCAUCGAGUUCAGCUUUCCUCAAAAGUCAUUGUUUGAAAAUUUUAUCAAAAUUAUCGAGUUUGCAUUGAAAAACAAAAAAUUGUGUCUGAGUGGAAUUUUAAUUGAUGAAUCUAUUUUUUCUUCUCGAGGAUCGUUUAAAAUGCCUGACAUUGAUCUGGAUAGAUUUUUCUCAGACACAUUUUAUCAAAAUUAAUCUAACCCAAAGCAAGAAAAACUCAUUUUUCGGUUGCAACAUUUGUAUCAGUAAAGUUUUCAAACCAUUAAACUUGUUUUUUAUUAGGAAAUCGGAUGAAAAUGGUGCAUUUACUCAAUAAUCGAAGUCAUAACAUUAUUCAUUCUCAUAACAGGAUUGGAAUUCGGGAAUGAAUUGAAAUGUAAUAACUAGACACCCUGUUAUAAUACGUUUUUUCUCUCCGAAUUUCUAUUCAUAAUUGAACAGGUUUCCUUCACUCUUUAUUCUACUCUACACCUCUUUCAGUUGGAAUCAAGAAAGUAUAAAUAACUAAUCUGAAUUUUGAGUUAAACUUUCUGAAUUACAUUUCACUAACCUGAAUUAUAAGUUACAAUUUCUGAAUUACAUUUCACUAACCUGAAUUACAUGUUUCACUUCCAGAGUUACAAUUGAUUCAUUCUGAAUUAUAAGUUACAAUUUCUGAAUUACAUUUCACUGACCUGAAUUACAUGUUUCACUUCCAGAUGUAUUCUGAAUAAUAAGACACUGAAUUACAUUUCACUGACCUGACUUACAUUUCACUGACCUGACUCACAUUUCACUGACCUGAAUUACAUUUCACCGACCUGAAUUACAUUUCACUGUCCUGAAUUACAUGUUUCACUUCAAGAGUUACAAUUAAUGCAUUCUGAAUUAUGAAUUACACUCUCUGGAUUACAUUUCACUAUCUGAAUUUCAACUUUCACUUUCUGAAUUACAAUUUACAAACUGAAUUGAAAUUGACGCUUUCUGAAUUGCAAUUGGCUUUUCUGAAUUAUAAGUUACACUGUCUAAAUUACAUUUCACUUAUUUGAAUUAUAUGUUUCACUGUCUAAAUCUGAAUUACAAUUACUUUCUGAAUUACAACUGAGACAGGUGCAGUUAUGAAAAUAUUUCUGAAGCUGCAAAUGAUUAUUUAUUCAUUUUUCGUUGUUUUCGAAUAUAUUAUUGUCAGGUGCCAACCAUAUUCGAGUAGUGUGGAAAACGCUCACUUUGUAUAGAUAGGUUCGAAAAAUCUAGCGUAAUGAAAAAAAAAUGGAUUGCAUCAAAUGAACAUUCCAGGAAAAAAAUUAAUGGAUAAAUGGUGAUCUGAUCUAUUUUCGUGGAAUGUUUAUUUUGUCGUAAAAGAUAUCUGCAUGUUUAGACAUAAAUUGUCCGACUUUGUACAUAGUUACUACAGUUUACGUUAAAGAAAAAAACUAGGAUACAAUUUCUAAUGCAAUAUAACAUGUAGCACUUUGUAAACGUGUUAUUAGACAAAAUUAGGGUAACCAUUUUUUAUACUAGUCGAAAACUUUAAGGAAAACAACCCGUUUUUUAUGGAAAACAAGUGCAAAACUUACAAAUAAAUUAAUUAAGGUUUCUUAUAAAAAAAUAUCACCUUGCUCAUUCGAUAUUCUAAAAAUAUGGGAUCCACUAAACGCAUCAAAAUUGCUAAGACAACAGAACUAUCGAUAUCAAAGUUUCGUGACCCUAUUCUGUGUGUCAGUUCGUACUUAAAAAUGUGUUUUGAAUCCAAUGAGGAGAUAUUUCGCCUCCCCCCUGUAUUGGCUCAUAGGUAUAUCGCGUAGAUACUCAUUUAUAAAUCAAGAGGUAUUAUGAAUUAAGGUUAUAUUACACAGUGACACUCGAAAUCUUCAAACCAUGCGAGAUAUUGGAAAAUAUAUCUAGUUUGCUUUGAACCUAGACAGUGUUUUUGGAUCGCCCUGUAAUUUUGAGUGGUUAUUAUUACCUCUGUUUUGUCUAAUAGUGGAUUCACUGGUACACCUAGGCUGUAUUUAUUUUGGGAAGGGGGCUCAUUGGAGUAUAUUUUCUGAAAAAAUCUAAGAAAAUCGCAGUAUUUCAAACAUUCUGAAAAAUUGAGUGAAGUAGCAACACAUUAUUUUUAUUUAAGUUAGAAAUUUACAGGGUGUUUCAAAUGAAUUUUAUACAGGGUGUAUCUAAAUAACACCGAAAAAAUUCGAGGGGUGAUUUCUUGUGAUAUUUUAGGAAAUGAAGAUCCUAACUUGCUUUAUUUCGAGAUACAGGGUAUUGAUAUUUCCAUGAAAACUAUUUUUUCUAUUCAUCUCUCCAUUGUCUUUUCAUCAAUUUUAAUUGAACGUUGUGGUUCUGUUAAUAGUAAUAUGGAGCUUCUUCUAGUGCAAUUUGAUUCGAAAUAAUAUUUCCAGUGGCGUCACAGUGGGUAAAAAGGCCCCGCACUUUCCUUAUGGAAAAUGGCUUUCGGUCAAAUUCCCUGAAUUUUUGGUAUGGUGUAGAUUUUGACUUCCUAAGCAAAAGUGUUCAUGGGCACAAAGAAAUCUGCUGACUAGUUUUCGAGAUACAGGGUGUCAAAGAUGAAAAGUGAAGCUUUCUGCUCAGAAUUUUUAACAACUCCGAGAAUUGACAAAACGGCCAUCUAUUCAUGGAAUAACAUGCCUGAAUGAUGGUUCAAUGUCAUCUGGAUCUCGUAUCCAUUAUAAUUUUUCGUUUUGGGCUCUACAAUGGGGUGAACAAAGAAAAAUCCAAUUUGAUUAAUUUUAAACCAACCAGGGUAAGUUCUUUCAUGAGAAUUAAAGAUUCAAUUGAGCCUGGACGAACUUCCUCAAUCUCGAUCGAAGUUUUCUGACAUUUUAUUUUUAUAUACAUGGCGGUUCAAAAAGAGGGGUACGUCAAUCCCUAGUUCUUUGAAUCGGAAAGGGGAGAGCAUGUCAUAUAUAUAUCAUACAUUCUCUAAUAUUGAAAACGUCGCAUACUCAGUCCAUAUAUACAUAUAGGGUGAAAAAAAAAUUCAGUCCAAGUUUCUUGAAAAAUGCGGGUUUUUUCAAUGAAUACCCUGUAUUUCGAAAAAGAAUCGGUUCAUUUUCUUGAAUUUUUGAUAUAAUGUACGAUUUGAGAAGUCAGAGAUAUUGUCAUCAAUAUUCAUAAGUCUCCGGAUUCGUUUGUCGGCUAUACAGGCUGAUCCACGGUGGAUGGCCUAUUAGAAGUAUCUGGAGAACGAAAACACUGAACAUUCUGAAAAUUGGGAUGCAUUGAUAAUUGAACAUUCUCUAUCCGUCUAAAAUAUUUUCAUCGAUACAGUGUUGCCACUUUUAUCAGAGACAACUAGCAACUUCGUUAUUUUGAAUAGAGCACCCUGUAUUUUAUUGCAUUUUUAGAUUCUCCCUGAAAAGCUGAUUUCAUCAAUGUAUCACACUUUGGGUCUAGCAGGGAUGAUUACAGAGAUAUAGGGUGUUCAAAAUCGAGAUUUUUCAAUUUCAGGAUUUUUUUGUGUCGAAAGUAUUCAUUAUUGAUCAAAACGGCUUACAUGUCCCUAUCUUAACUUUCGAUUCACUAUCUACUGACAUUUAAUUGGAACAGAUACAGGGUGAUCAGAAUUCUGAAUCUUGAAGCACCCUGUACUUUUUCCAAUCAAAUUCCAGUAGAUAGUCAAUCAAAAGUUGAAAUAGGGACAUGUAAGCCGUUUUGAUCGAGAAUGAAUAGUUUCGACACAAAAAAAUCCUAAAAUUGAAAAUUCUCGAUUUUGAACACCCUAUAUCUCUGUAAUCAUUCCUGCUAGACCCCAAGUGUGCUACAUUGAUGAAAUCAGCUCUUUAGGAAGAACAUAAAAAUGCAAUGAAAUACAGGGUGUUCCAUUUGAAAUAACAAAGUUGCUAGUUGUUUCUGAUAGAAGUGGCAACACUGUAUCGAUGAAAAUAUUUUAGAUGGAUAGGGAAUGUUCAAUUAUCAAAGCAUCCCAAUUUUCAGAAUGUUCUGUCUUUUCGUUCUCCAGAUACUUCUAAUAGGCCCUUUUAUGACGUAGAAACCUCAUCUCGCCAUAGUUGAAUGAAAAUACCAAACGCCCGACGGAGACUGAUGCAACUGAUAUAUUAAUUCUUUCAACUGUGAUCUCGCGCUAAUUCACUCUAUCAGAAAUCAUGUAUCAUUCAUCUCUGUCUGGAAUAGUCUUGUUUCAGUAUUAGGGUUUUGACGUCACAUCAUCGCCUCGUUUUCAGAGGUCCAAAAAAUCGGGGAUUUCAAUAAUUUUUUAUAAAACGUAGGGAGCUCACAGCAAGAAACGGUUUGCGGUGGUGAGCUAGUUUGGGUGAGUUCUAUCGAAUUAUGAAAUAAAAAUUUGUUGUGAUAUAAGCCCAUUAUAAUGGAUACGAGAUCCAGAUGACAUUGUACCAUCAUUCAGGCAUGUUAUGCCAUGAAUAAAUGGGCGUUUUGUCAAUUCUCGGAGUUGUUGAAAAUUCUGAGCAGAAAGCUUCACUUUUCAUCUUUGACACCCUGUAUCUCGAAAACUAGUCACUCGAUUUAUUUGUGCCCAUGGACACUUUUGCUUAGGAAGUCAAAAUCUACAUCAUACCAAAAACUCAGGAAAUUUUACCGUAAUCCAUUUUCCAUAAGGAAAGUGCGGGGUCCUUUAUCAUGGUGAAUGUACACCACUUGUUUUUCUGAGUCCAAAUUUAAAUGUAGGUGUUUUCAAGACUUUCAUUGAGAUUACUCAAUAACCCCAAUUAGAAUCAUUUUGAAAUUUUGGGGCUUUCUCAGUCCCAAUCCAUACUGAAUUUUGGCACCAUGAAAGCUUAUACAAGGGGGUUAUAAAUAAGAACAAUUAAUACUUCCAACUUCACCAUCCUGUAUCUCAAAAACGGAUCAAGUUAAGACACAUGUUUUUAUGAACUUUAUUUGCUAGAAUAUCACAAGGAAACACCCCUUGAAUUUUUUCGGUAUUAUUCAGAUACACCCUGUAUACACUUCGUGAGAGGUUGUCAAAAAAGAGUGAAUUCGGACGACUGCACUUGCAAAAUAAGGAAACUCCUUGAAUCUUUCCUUCUAAUAACAUCACAUAUAUUUAAAAAUAAGAAUAUUAAUUAACUCAAGAAGAGUGUAUACUUCUCUUGAUAGGAUGAUCCUCCUUACCAUAGCUUAAAGGUGAAUCAGUGGUGGAUUUGAUGUAUUGUAUCUCCCUUUGUAUUUUAUAUUCGAUGAUUGCACACAGGUUUCGAAUAUUUCUGAUACGGAUGAAAAAAAUAAUUGAUGAUGAAAGUAUAAAAGUGAUGAUGAUUUUGUGUUUAAUAUUUGGUGCAAUUGAAGACUGUUGUUUUAUAUAAAUUUAUUGUUUUGUGUUUCUCUUUUAUGUAUAGCUAGGCAGAAUCUGAUUGUGAAAUUCGAACUGAAUUCCUCCAUUUUUUUGAACGAUGAUUUUUUUUCACUCAGCAGUACUCUUGUUUCUACAUGUUUUGCAUAUGAUGCCUUUAUUAUAAGCAUACAACUCUUUUAUUGCUCUUUUAUGAUUAUUUCCAAAGAGACAGUAAUAUGUGUGAUUUUUUUUAUUAUAGUAAAUAACAAUUUAUAUAAAUAUCAUUUUAUUAAUAUUAUUAUCCAAAAUAUUAAAAGUUAUAUUAUAA